UGCACAUUUAAAAAAUAAUUGAUAUGAAAUGAGUUGUGAAGAUUGGUAGCAAGGAGACAAUGCGUAGACAUCGCCGAACUAGUGGUUAGAUCCAAAUCGAGAUCAAGCUAUGUCUUGAGAUCUUAAUGGAGCGAGAUUCCUUGUGUCUCCAUAGCUCCAAGAUAUAUAUUCAACUGAACGAGGGGCAGGCAAAGCACUCAAAACAGUUCUCUUCUCUCGACAUCUAGAAUUCUAGAUCAUUAUCUGUUCUAAGAAAGCAAAAUGGCUUCAUCUUCUUCUUCGAAUACGUUCCAACAUUCCCGUUCCAACAGCUUGCCCUCCAGACCUCACCCCAUAGCCUCACAACUGGAGGACAAUUUGCAGAGAAUCAGAAUAUCUUCGGAAGUGACUUGCUUAUCAUCGUCAUCCGUAACUCAGAAGCUGAAUGGCCUCCAGGAUCUGCACGAAUGUGUUGAUGAGCUGCUUUCGCUCCCCCUUGUGCAACAAGUCUUCACCCAACAGAGCCACAAGAGAUGGAUUGAUGAACUACUGGACGGCUCCAUGAGGGUCCUGGACCUGUGCAGCACCGCUAAGAACAGCCUGCUGCAGAUGAGGGAAGCCUUGCAGGGCCUUCAUUCGAGCAUGCGAAGAAGAAAGGGAGCUAGGCAGGUGCAUGAUACCGAGAUCCGGAAGUACUUGAGCACAAGGAAGUCGGUGCAGAAGGCGAUGAAGAAGGCCAUUUUGAACUUGAGGAGUACAAAAGAUGAUUCUGCCUCUUCUCUUCUCGGCAAGGACGAUGAAGCUGCAGCCAUCAUUAGCUUACUGAGAGAAGUGGAAGCAGCCACGGUCGCCAUCUUCGGAUCAGUUUUCUGCUUAAUCUCUGGCUCGAGGCAACCAAGAUCGAGCAGCAGCUGGUCCCUUAUUUCCAAGGUGAUGCUCAAGAGAAGAACAAUAUGCGAGGAAGGGAAGGUGGACCUAAAUGAAUUUGCCAAGCAAGAUAUGGCCCUGGAGUCUGUAAUCAGUCACAAGUUGACCAAGGUUCACGACGCGAUGCAGGUCGAACAGUUGCUAGAUGGCCUCAAAAACAUCGACCUGGACAUUCAAGAUCUUGAGGAAGGGCUCGAGAGUCUUUACAGGCGAUUGAUAAAAAACCGAGUUUCCCUUCUCAACAUCCUCAACCAGUAGCCUGUAAUAGAGGCUCGAUCCACCAAAUUUUGUAGGACAAUGCUUUGCAGCACCUACCUGUAAAAAAUGAAGUGUACAGCAUGAAAUAUAUAUUUGCACCAUUACUACUACAACUUUCAGUUUCUUUCAUAAAUUUAGGUAUGCAUCACUUAUUGGUUCGUCAAUCAAAGUUUUAAACCUCUGUAAAUUGUGUACACCUUAAGAAUAACAGAGUCAACAUGAGAAGAACAAUGGCAACAUAUCAUAUGAAGUCUGCAUGCUGACAUGGUUUCGGGUUCGGAGCUACCAACUCUAGUUCAUAGACUACAUGAAUUAUUACGAUCAUCAAUAAAUUUUUGCUUGUGAAAAUGGAUUUUUAAAUUUCUCUUCUAGACAAAAGGAAUCCUGACAACUCAAUAUUGCUGUAUCUGCUGCAGUUGACCUGAAAAAACAAUGUAGCAACGUUGCAUCCACUUAUGAUCUCCUUCGAGAUUGUCUAGUAAGCUUCCAGCAGAUCCUAACCUUCAUUUUCUGAUUAUCGAGUUUUUCUUAGAGACUUGUACUUUAAAAAAAUCCAGUAAUUUUCAGUUUUACCUUUUUUUUUCCUGUAUGUACAAUGAUUCGAUAUCGUUCAGAUUCGCAAACAUCAAUGGAAGACGGAGAGGGUUUAGCAGUAACCAAAGUUUUUCCUUUAAUAAUUGUAUACUUUGACAGAGUAAACAACAUGUGUAUUUCUUCAUGUACAAUAAUCUACACAAAAUUGUUCGUUGAGGUAAGUGGUUUGACGAUGAUUUGGGAGGCUAGUGGUUGAGGAUGUUGAGAAGGUGAACUCUGCUUUUGAUCAACCUCCUGUAUAGGCUCUCGAGCCCUUCCUCUAGAUCUUGGAUGUCGACUUCGAGGUUCUUGAGGCCAUUCUGCAUUUCUUCAGAUUGCGUCACGUUGUAAACCUUUCUCAUCUUGUAAUCAAUAAGAGACCCCAGAGCUAUCUUGCUUGGUGAACUCACUUGCAUCGAUCUUAUGCUACUCUUUUCUUGAGCAUCACCUUUGGUCUCAUUGACCAACUGCUUGUCCUAGACUGCCUCGAUCCCCAGAACAAGGAAAACACGGAUUCGAUAACAGCAACAGUCGCUGCUUCCACUUCUCUCAACAAGUUAAUGAAGAAUGAGGCUUCAUUCUGGUUGUCAAGAGGAGAAGAAAUAUCUCUCGUGCACUUCAAGCUCGAGAGGCCCCUUU